GGCUCAAGAAUAAUAUUUAAUGAAUGGAACUGGUUAUUGACAUGUACGAUGUGAUGGAAGAAAUGGGGGUAUAUGGCUUAAUAACAUUUGAUAGAGCUGGCUAUGGAGAGAGUGAUCCAAACCCAAAUCGCUCAGUGAAGAAUGAGGCAUUUGAUAUUCAAGAACUUGCUGACCAGCUCCAAUUCGGAGCCAAGUUUUAUGUGAUUGGUGUCUCCAUUGGGACUUAUUCCAUUUGGGCAUGCCUCAAGAUAGCUGGUGCAGCUUUGGUAGUCACUGUAAUCAAUUUUUGGUGGCCUUCUUUUCCUCCCAAGCUGGCAAAUGAAGUCUUCAUGAACCAGCUCAAAAGAGACCAGGUGAAACUUAGUAUAGCACACCAUAUGCCCGGGCUGGUUUACUUGUGGACGACCCAGAAAUUGUUCCCUUAUUGUGCCAUCAUGCAAAGACACCCAAUACUUCUCAACAAGAGAGAUGUUGCAACCGUGAUGGAAAUGUCAAAAGUACCUAAUCUUGAUGAGCAUAAGAUAAGGCAGCAAGGAAUGCAUGAAUCCCUUCACCGGGACAUCAUCGUGCAUUUUGGAACAUGGGAGUUCGACCCAAUGGAGCUGAAAAAUCCUUUUCCCAACAACGAGGCCUCUGUUUACUUGUGGGAAGGUCAUGAAGACAAGCUGGUGCCAUUUGAACUGCAGCGCUAUGUUGCAAAGAAGCUGCCUUGGAUCAAGUACCAUGAAGUCCCAGAUGGUGGUCAUCUGAUGAUUCAUGAAAAGGGUUUAUGUGAGGCUAUCUUCUGAGAACUACUGCUUGGAGAGGAACCCUCCAUUUGAUAAUUAGCCCUGUUCACCUGCCAACUGGGGAAACAUGCUCAAAAUACACAUUAUCUAUUUGA